AAGAACGAAUACACAAAAAUUUUGUCUUCAAUGAGAAAAGUGGAUUUUUUAGGAUGAAGCGGCGUACAGAUUGUUCGAAAUUCAGACGACCAAUAAAGAAAAGUAAAAUAGCCGAGGGUUUAUCCAGCAACACCUUUCUGUAUAUGAAAUUUCUAAUUUUAUGGGCGAUUGUGAUUACGGCAGACUUUUUGGUGGAAUUCAGAUUUGAAUUUCUCUGGCCAUUCUGGUUGUUGCUUCGAUCAGUACAUGACUCCUUCAAAUACAAGGGAUUAGCCUUUUCCAUCCUAUUUGUGUGCAUCGCAUUCACCUCCGAUCUAAUAUGCUUAUUUUUUAUACCAGCACAAUGGUUAUUUUUUGUUGCCAGCACCUAUGUUUGGGUGCAAUUCGUUUGGCAUACCGAUCGAGGAGUUUGUCUGCCAACGAUAAUAUUAUGGAUAAUAUUUGUGUACUUAGAAGCAGCCAUUAGAUGGAAAGAUAGUAGAAAUAUGCCACAUUUAGAUUUAUGUCGACCGUUUGCAGCACACUGUAUUGGUUAUCCUGUGGUGACAUUAGGCUUUGGUUUCAAAAGCUACGUUGGCUAUCGAAUAAGACAGCGAAAGCAGCGUGAGGUUGCCAAAGAAAAUGACUUCUACAUGCAAUUAUUGCAACAAGCUCUUCCGCAAGACGAGACCCCGCCAAGUCUCUCGGAUCAACAAUUGCAGUCGCAGGAAAAAGAUCCGGUUGUUGUUGCGACAAAUCACGCAGCGACAACGACGACAUCUUCUUCUUCUUCGACGACAAGUACGACAAACAGCAGCAGCAGCAACAAAAACGCUCAAAACAAUACAAGCAAAUUGUUGAAUAAUAAUAAUAGUAGUAGUUCGAGUACGUCGUCGUCGUCGAGUAUGACAAAUGGGCAUGCGAUCGGAGCGGCAGCCAGUUUGCUGUUCGGUUUGUCGUCGUCCAUCAGUAUGGCGUCGCAUUCGAAUUCCGUGAUAUCAAAUGGUGUCGGAUAUAAUCACAACACACAAGUAUCUAAUAAUCCAUCUAGUAGUAAUAGUAAUAGUUCCGCGCGACAUCGCAAGAGUGAUGGCAAGGAGCAUCAGCAGGGAAGCAGCGGUGUGAUGACGAGCUUAAAUAACAGCGGCAAAAAUUCUUUCCAGUCAUCGUCGAAUCACAUAAGUCUGAAUAACAACAACAACCACAGCAAAGAUCGUGACGCCACGUACGACUUUACAUCACAGCAACAACAAAAAACUCAUCAUGACAAAGACUCACCGAAACAGAAUCAUUAUCAGCUAAGUAACCCAAGUACAAAUGCGACGUCGUCGUCAGCCACGAGCUAUGAUGAAGCAUUUGGGAGCAAGGUGUCCGAGCAGAAAAGUUCAAAACUCCAACAAAAUGGCAAUCUGCAGCAUUACGCGACAAAGCAAGACUACGAGCUGCCCCAACAACAAUCCAUGUGCCAACAAAACGCGGAACUCAACGACACGUCUUCUUCUUCUUCCACAGCGACGACGACGACGAUAAAUUCGACGAGCAACGCGACGACGACGACGACGACGCCGAGUAACGAAAAGGAACGCACAAAGAGCGGCAGAAAAGGUCGCGGUAACAAGGGCAACAAGAAUUCCGGCAUUUCCGCGGAAAGCAGUGCUUCGACAACAACGUCCAAAGACAAUCAAAAUAGUCAACACAGUUCUAGCACAAGCAGUUCAAAUCAUCAUAACAAUACUCAGCAGCACGCCGAGACACUUUUCCAGCAGUUUGCCGUGUGCAACAACAAGGAGCACAGCAAGGCAUGCGAAUCGUGUCCCAAGUUUGAGGCGGAGGUGAAGAAACUCAAGUCCGAGAUACAUGCGUUGAAGCAAAACGAGCACGAGUUACGACAGAAAUGCGAGAGUAAUGCGUCGAGUGUCAAGUCAUGUUUGCAGGCCAAACAAAAGGAAAACGAUGAAUUACAUUCAAAAUUACAAGAAUUGAACAAUGUACGACAAGUUGAACGACAAACAAUGCAAAAUCUGGAACGACGAUUGACGGAGGAGCGACGAUUGCGACAAUCGCUCGAGGCUCAGCUAAAUAACGAACGGAAAUAUCGCAAACAGGCCGAAGAAAAGGCUGCAAGAUCUGACUGCAAUUCGGAAGCGUGUCGCAUGAAGAAGCAACAAAUGGAAAACGACGUGAACAAAUUCCGACGCGAAUAUGCGGCAUUCGAGGAAAUGAAGCACAAUGUCGAGAAACAAACGCAACGCUACGAACAAGAAUUGCGCAAAAUGGAAGUUGAACUGCGAAAUCGCGAGCAACAACAACACUCUGAUCUCAUAACGGUGAAUGACUUGCGCAUGAAGAAUGCGACACUCGAAAAGAACUUGUCGGCCGAGACACGAGUCAAAUUGGAUUUGUUUUCUGCGUUGGGAGAAUCGAAGCGUGAUAUUGAAAUGCGCGAUUCACUUUUACGUGAACGAAAUAACGAACUACUUGAUCUCAAAGCAAAAAUUGCUCAAUUACUCGCAGUGAUGCCUUCAAUGCCAGACACAUUUAGUUUUGCCACGACGAUGCAUCACGACGUAACGGGACUUCAGUCGUCGCAGCAGCAGCAACAGCAACAACAGCAAUCUGUAAGUCCCUUGGGGCAUAUGGUUUUGGGAGGCGGUUCGAUUGUUGGCGUCGGCGGCGGUGCAAGUAACGUCGUUGGACCCAUCGUCUCUCGUUCUGGAUCCGAAUGCAAAGACAUAUACGCCGAAAAACACGUCAUCGCUCAUCGGAGGCGCAGAGGCAUGACCAAUGAACUACUAAAUUUGCUGUGCAAGGAACCACCUUUGAGAACACGGAUGGAAAAUGGAUUGAAGUAUUUUGAAAUUUCUUAAUUUUUUCGGUUUUCCUUUUGUAGAGAAAACGCGUCGCGGAGGUAAUUUCCCCAAAAAAUAAUUUUUUUGAACUUGAAAUUUAAUAUAUGAAAAAUGGACGAACAUUAGACACGUAUUACUUAGGAUUGCUGCAGUUUCUUCUUCCUCAACCUCGUCACUUCCCAGUAUAACAUGAGAUUAUUUUUAACUUUUUUUUUAUUAUAUAAUAUUAUUGGUGCUUCAUAAAAACAAGAAAAAUAGGUAGAAAUUUUUUCAAGUAUGACAAAAACUAUAAAAAAAGUGAAGUUAUUGUGAUAUUUUUAAACAUUAUAUUUAACUCUAUUUAUACUAGAGAGAUAGAAAAGUCAUGAAAAACAAGAAAACUGUUUGCUACCUCUGUCAAAAAAAUAUUUUUCUUCUGAGUAUUUUUCAAACUACAAAAAAAAAUCAUGCCACAUGAUUGAAUAUAGGAACUAGAAUUUUCGUAGAAUACUAUUAGAAAACUUUUUCAUACUUAAAUAGUUUU